AACUUCUUCGCUCCUCCAUUCUACAACCGCCCACCGACGCCUCUCCCGCCCUCUCCCUCAUUAACCUCCCUCCUCAGACCAUCCAGACCAACGACGCCCGACAGCUCUGCCGACGAACUCGAACCCGUCCCUCGUGCGUCGCCCAAAGUGCCCACCUACGAAUAUUAUGGCUUCGUCCUCUACCUCUUCUCCUCGCUCACAUUUCUAAUUUACCUCUUAUGGUCAUACCUCCCAUCGCCAUUCCUCCACGCCCUCGGAAUAUACUACUAUCCCAACCGCUGGUGGUCGCUGGCAUUACCGUCUUUCCUUGUCAUGUUAUUGGUUUAUAUCUACGUUGCGCUGGCAUCAUACAAUACGGGUUAUCUCACGCUGCCACUUUCGAGCAUCGAGACUAUUAUUGAUGAUGCGGCGAAUGUGGCCGUUAUUGAUAGCAAAGGACGGAUGGGCCGAUCAAAAAAUGGCCCUAGGAGGAGGGAACAACCAGUAGAGACCAGCAUUCAGGACUGGAAGGCCGCCUGGAGUCAGGGGACGGAUGCCGUGAUGGAUGUGCCCCUUGGUGGGGUGUGCGAGGUCUUAUAUGGAGAGGGUAGAGAGCUAGAC